AUGGAUGAAUUGGGUUAUGUAACUUCUCUGGCUUUCAACAAUCUCAUGGGUAUGUUCAUGAGACUUGGUCAACCCAUGAAGGUCCCUCAGCUGGUGCGUGAUAUGAAGCACAGGAACAUUCCCUUGUCAGCAUUCACAUAUCAUGUCUGGAUGAACAGCUGCGCUGCUUUGAACGAUCUUGGCGCGGUGGAGAGUGUCUAUGAGGAGAUGAAAAGGGAAGAUGGAAACCAAAUUGGUUGGCAGACUUACAGCAACCUUGCUGCUAUUUAUACAAAGGCUAAGGACUUUGAGAAGGCUGAGAUGAUGCUUAAGAUGAUGGAGAAACAAGUGAGGCCGCGACAGCGUGACGCGUACCAUUGCUUGCUUGGCCUCUAUGCAGGGAUUGGUAAUCUUGGAGAGGUUCAUAGGGUGUGGAACUCCCUCAAGUCUGUCUCCCCUGUGACCAAUGUCAGCUAUCUUAUCAUGCUUAGUACCCUCCGAAGGCUUAAAGAUGUGGAGGGCAUAACAAGAUGCUUUAAGGAGUGGGAGUCUAGUUGUGCUAGUUAUGACGUGAGGUUAGUUAGUGUUUGUGUUAGUGCUUACUUGAACCAGGACAUGGUGGAAGAAGCUGCAUUGGUGUUUGAGGGGGCUAGUAGGAGGAGCAAACAGCCUUUACUUAGGAUAAGGGAAACGUUCAUGAUGUUUUUCUUGGAGAAGCGUCAGUUGGAUGGUGCUGUGAGGCACUUAGAGGCGGCACUAUCAGAAGUCAAGGGUGAUGAAUGGCGUCCUUCACCAGAGCUUGUUGGGGCGUUUCUCAAGUACUAUGAAGAAGAGACUGGUGUUGAUGGUGUUGCUGAGUUGAGCAAGAUUUUCCAGGCUAACAAUUUUGAUGAUUCCUGGAUUAAAAAUUGCAUUACAGCAACCGAAUCAUCUCCAGGAAUUGAUCCAAUAUUGAAGGAAGAUUCUCAAGUCAACCAUGCGUAG